GUACGCAAAGCGGGGUGAAUCGGCCGCGCAAUCAAUUUCAUCCGGCACCUUCUCUGCGGUGUGGUGUGCGGUGCCCGUAGUCGAGGGCAAGGCUCCCGGCAAAUGCGUUUUGUCUCAUACUUUUUAGUGCUUGACCUUUCUUCUUUGUUAACAUCUUUAGAUUUGGAAGACUACUAUUAGCCAUUGAAAGCGAAUGAGCGGAUUUUCUUUUGAAGAACGUACGGAGGCCGCCCUCCCUUUGCACGAUCUUGCGGCGCCGCGCAAGCGUCAUCGCGUCGACACGGACGAAAACGCCGUCGUGUCUUACUCGCGGCACGUUCCGCCGCAUGUUCGCGUUCGCGCUAUCUGUGGCGCGUUCUCCUCCUUGUUGUCGCUGCGCGGUCACGUCCUGGACACGCAAGGCCGCUUCAACACUUCCGAGUUUCUGAGUUUAGCGUUCUUUUAUAAUCCUUCAGUAGUGUCGGUGGAGUCGGGGGCGGUGGUGCUGCAGUUCCCCGAUGACUCCCCGGCGAACGAGUACAUACGGCAUUACACCCGCCACCAUCCGUGUCCGGUGCACGGACCUUUCCGCUGUCCUUGCCACAUCAUGCACGAAGUCGCAGGCGGCGUUGCGCAGCUGCUCCGAGAAGUUUUUUGUCAACAUUACCCGUUUGACGUGGUCAUCGACUGCGAAAGAAACCACCCCCACAUAUGCAUCCACACACAGUUGCAGUCGUGGUCUGUAUCACUAGUGGGGCUUCCUCUCCCUCCUCGAACCUUUGGACCGUUCCCGCUGGGCAGCGUCGCCUCACCUCAGUCCAUCAAAAAUUGUUGGUUGCAGUACGGCAAGAAGAGCAAGGUGGACGAGAACGCGUGUGUCCUGUGUGGUGUCGUUGCCUCCGCGCAGUGUGCUUCGUGCUCGUGCCGAAUGUGCGGUAGCUGUGCAGAAGAGUGCGGAAUGUGCGAGAGUAAAGUGUGCCGCGGGUGCUCGGCGGCAGAUGAAAACGGCGUCACCAUCUGCUACCGCUGCGCACGGUGA